AUGCGGCUCGACAACCUCGACGACGGCAGCAAGCUCCACGCGGCGUACCAUGACGCCCUCCAGACCUCCUACGGCUACUUCAAGGCGCUGCACAACUCUGCCGGCUCGGCAUCGUGGAAGCCUGUCUCACUACCAGAAUCUGUGGCGAACGCAGGCAGACCCAGCUCCUCCGCCAAAGGUCUUGGGAAGGCCCAAGCGGAAAAUGUGGCCGUCCACAGGAGAACCUCAAAGUACGGCGAUGUCUAUAGGGCUACGGUAGAAGUAGAUUGUGGGAGUGAUAUCAGUGUGGAUACAUUCAGAGGAUGUCUAGUUACCCCAGAAACAAGAGCAAUGUGGGACCGCAUGGUGGAAGAGGCGACAACUCUGGAUAUUCUCGACGCCCACACCAGAGUGACCAAGACCAAUUACAGACUGGGAUGGCCUUCCAGCCCCCGAGACGCUGUGACCAUCUCCAAAACCUUCGUAGAUUCGCAUACGCUCAUCGACAUUUCCACCUCCCUGCCCCGCUCCAAACACGAACCGGCCUAUCUUCGCCCAGCCCCGCCAUACGUCCGAGCUCACGUAUCACUACUAGCAUGGUGUAUACAGCUCCCGUCAUCACCUGCCGUUCCUGAGGGACCGGCUGAGGGCCAAAUCCGAGUGUCGUGCUUUUGGAAUUGGAAUCCCAAGGGAACGUGGGCGGUGGGCGGGGGGGUGCCGCAGCACUUGCCUUUUCUUGUGGCUGGAUUGAUCAAUUAUGUGCGGGAUGGGAGCGACAAGGUGCCCGUGCUGUCGGCGUACGGGCCGGACGUCUCUAUCGGCUCUGUAUCGUACGACACGUCAAGGGUCACGCUCAACGUGCACUAUGCCAUUGUCAGCACAGCCUCACAGAAUGAGGAGACUGAGAGCCUGAGGCGGCAGGUGGAGUUUGGACUGUCUUCGACACAGAGCUGGGAUAUCCAAAUUAGCGUCAAAACUCAACUCGGAAAGGAGUCUUCCUCGACUAUAUGGACGUCCUUUGUCAGACAAGCGGCCAACGCUUCUCCAGAUGCUUCACCUCCCAAACGACUCGUUCUGCGAUUCGCCCACUCCCCUCUGGAACCCGACGAAGAGCUUGUGAGGGUAAACGUGUCGAUAGAGCGCACCUCUUCUUUGACGGCUGGAGUCCGGAUCAACGGUAUUCCCGUCGCUGUAGAGCGCGCAGAGUCGGAUUCGCAUUUCUCGGAGCGCGUGGAAAAGAAAAAGAGGCCGUUGUUGGAGGAUACGGCGAGUCUGACGGGAGUGUCAUUGCGGACAAUGAAUACUACGGCGGAGAAGAAGGGACCCAGGGACGACCAGGAGGGAGCGGUAAUGAAGGGGAGAUCGAGUUUGAUCCGAAGAAAUUACAUAUAUUUCACUUCCCUCCUGCAAGAACCCGAACCCAAAUGGAAACCCGUGCUAGACUCGCGUGGAGUCGCUAUACAUCAGCUGGACUCUAUUGACAAGACACUGGUCGUCUAUCGAGCAGAGGCUGUGUUUGUGGGUGUCGGUAUAUGGGAUUUGUUUGCUGUUCUUGCUACACCUGGGGCGAGGUCGGUGUGGGACAAGACACAUGAAGAUGCGACUUUGGUGGAGGAUGUCAACGAGUUGACGGAUUUAUGGCAUUUGCAAUCAAAAGCCGCAUGGCCUGUCUCGGCGAGAGAUUCAGUGAUGCUCCGAACGACAUACAAAUCCCCAUCUUCCGUUCAUCUCUUUGGGUUUUCAAUUGAAGAUACCAGUCUCUUCCCUUCCAUCCCUCCAUCUACCGACCCAACCGUCAUCCGUACACAGAUAGACCUCCAAGGAUGGUCUAUCGAAUCUCUUUCUCCCAAUACCACCCAGGUGACAUUGCUCGAGCAGAGUGACCCUAGGGGAUGGUCCGGUAAGGGAAGCAUACCGCAGGUCAUGAUGAGCACUUUGGCGGGUGUCGGCGAAUUCGCAAUCAAACACGGCGGCCCGCCUGUUUGUACGAGACUCGGAGGGGCCAGAACGCUGUUGUCGCGAUACGACGUCGAAGCCGAGACAUUCAAGUUUGAAUACCAGCCCGCGAAAGCCCGGCGUUCAGCUUCAUCCAGUAUCGCCACGUCCUUUUUCCCCACGCCCCCCUCAUCAUCUCCGAUCUCACUGCCUAUGGUUAGGGAGAAUAGCAGUGACGAUGGUUCCCUGCGUUCGGUGAGCGAUGAUGGGAGUAGAGGAAAGAUUGAGUGUGAGAUCAGAUGUGAUACGGAUCAGUGGUCGAAUUCGUUUGCGAUUGUGAUCGAUCCGCCCCAGCAAAACAUCUCGGCGCUUCGCAGGCACAAGCUGUCGCCCAAUGCCGGGGGGCUGUGGCUCACUAUCGAGCAUGACCCGGUGCUGCUUCACGGCGGUAAAGUCGCCAUCACUGUGCGGAGGGGCGUCGCCGUGCAAGGGUCAAAGACGCAGGUGAUUGUGAAUGGAAGUAAAGUCAAGGUCGAUGUUGAGGACCUUCCUGAAGCCAAGGUUCAACUCUUGAAAAAGCAGAAGCGGGGACGUCCUACGCGCGCACCUCUCGAUCAGCCGCCCGGCCUGAGGCUAAGGAAGAAACCCAGCACAGAUCUAGCCGGCGUAUCGACAGCCUUUGCCCCUGCCUCGCCCCUGUUACCUUCACCAACCAGUACAUGGGGCAAGAUGGCUUCCAAGUGGUACACCCUCGCUGCGGAAUCCACUCGCUCUGCCAUCAUACCUGUGCCAGCGUCUUCACCUCUUCCUCAAGUCGGCACAACACCUGUCGAAGCGUCGGUGAAUGCUCUGAAACAGCUGUCGCGUAUACACACGGACCGGGAUGGAGAGUCGACUGCUCCCGAUGCUUGGCAGCCCGUCUCGGAACGGGAUGGUCUCAAAAUUGAGAAACGUAUCGUUUCGCACGUCUCUGAGACUUUCCCCGUCUUUAGAGCUGGGCGGAUCAUUGAGGGGUUCACGGCCGAGGAGGUCAGUGCGUCAGUGGGUAGUCUGCGGGAAGAUGAACGAUUCGAGAAGCCGACGGUGCUUGAAGAGUAUGGGUGGGGAAUCAAGACUUCGCAUGUUGUCGCCCACACGACUUUUCCUUUCAGAGGACGAAGUCUGUUGGUUGCCAGUGUCGUGGCCAGGAUGGCUGAACCUGCUCCUCCUUCACCUUCCAUCCAUGGUCCCCAGACACCUCUAUCGACGAUCUUUCACGCCCGCACUUCCAACUUUGACCCCUUGACGACCAACCUCGACGCGGCCAAGUACAACCCCACCUCGCUACCUUCCGGUAAUAUGAUCCUUGAGGGCUGGAUCUUGGAGACUAUCGACCCAUAUUCUCACGAGCAGUAUGCCAUCCCUUCGACGAGGUGCAUGUACCUCGCCAGUGUGGACUACUCGUGCAGUAUGCCGCUUUCGGUGAACAAUGUGCUCAAUCAGUCUCUGCCCAGAAGUCUUCUUGCCAUUGAAUCAAUCUUGAAGAAUGAGGGUCCGCCUUCGAGGGGGCGAGAGCCCGGGAUGGUCGUGCUCGCCCCAGAGCAGAAAGAGAGGCUGGGAAGCCCUGAAAAGGUUGGAUGGGGUUUGGAGAAUGUGGAUGAAGGCCGCAUGGGAGUGCAGGAGACGAAUGACGGUGACGAGUACUCUUUGAGCGUCGUUCUUCAGGCCGGACCGCCCCGCUCCUCUGCCUCUCCACGGGAAGGCAGUGGGACUCUUAGUCCGCCUUUGAAGCAUACAGACUCGAGGUCGAGCGUGAACAGCCGAUCUACAGUCAUUGACCUUGGGGAGGAGAUCAGAAAAGGCCGGAAAGACCUGAUGGUCAUGGAGGUCGAGAUUGGGAGCAAGGCGGUCAAGAACGGGUGUGAGAUUGAACUCAACGCCGUGUCUCUCCCCGUGGCUCUUCACUCCACCUCAUCAGCAUCCGAGCCGGGGACAGAUGGUACCACCACACCCACAGGCCUUUCUGCGACUGCAAGCAUCGAUGGGCUACCCCUGACGUUACCCAACCAACCGCUGGGCCUCCCUUUCAAAGUUUCGGUCAUAUCUCUGGCGCCUUCUGUACUGCAAGCCGCUUCUCUUGACCCGUCUCUGCCUCCUCGACAUCUACUUCGCGUCACUUUACCAACGUCUGGCUUUGACGCUCCUAUCAUCAAUGACCCCUUGACAGGGCCCGGCACUCCUAUGCCACGCCCGAGGUGGUUAUUGGACCUCAUCAAUGAUGGCGCCGUUGUGAGCUUGAAGCUCAAGGUGACCAAGUCACGGGAAAGCAAGAUUCUUGACGGAGAGGCACCAGAAGGAGUUUCGAACAAACCGGUCUACAGCUACCAGCAAGAGGAAGUCGUUGUGCAAGAUGAGAAACGAGCCAAACACUUAGGGUUGAGAGAUGGUACGCGACCAAAUGUACCUCAGCUUGUCGCUGUCCCCUCUGCUGGUGAUCGUGACCCGAAUGAUAAGAGAAUUGUGAGGAGGCUGGAUAAGCCUCUGGCGGUCCGGGAAGAGUAUACCAAGGAAGGGGUCAAGGUUUUACGCGAUAAGAUGGAGAUCAAAGAUAAGGACUCGAGGAGAGAGUGUGAUGUCGAGGUCGUCCAGGAAAAUCCCCAUUCGCCAGAACCCCAAUCGGCACUCGCAGAGCAAUCUCGGUAUUCUUACAACUUUUGGCGAUACCCUCGUCUGCCCAGAUUUAGCGCGUCCGCGCCAGGCACUGCCAAUGGUUCGCCCACAAAGGUGUUUGCAUCUCCUCCACCAUCUACCGUUGGCGGGUCUGCGGCUGCGGGAGAGGACAAGGCCAAGGCUGUGGUGUUGAGCUCCAAUACCAGUCCAAAUGGACCUGUUGCCACUGGGACAGAGAUACAGCCCUCUGGGUUGCAAGAACAAGCUAACGACGCUUUGCGCCCAGUGACCACCUUGCCAGGUUUGGUCAUUGCGUGCAUCCUCUGUUUCCUCUUGGGCUCUCUACUUCGCUCGCUUCUGAGUGAAGCGGACUUUGUCAUCUAUCAGCCGGCAACGACUUUAAGCGAGAUGCUGCCUGGUACUCAAGGCGUCGGGGAGCAGUGGAGAGAGCUCAAGAGGUUGGCCGAAUGGAAGAUAGGGUGGGACAGAGAUUUGGUGAUUGCCAUCGCAAGAAGGGGUUGA